GAGCCGAGCCGCCCGAUGUGGCAGGAGGCGAUGCGGCGGCGCCCGUACCUGCGGGACCGCGCCGAGGCGGCGGCGGCGGCGGCGGCGGGCGGCGGCGACGGGCUGCAGCGGUCCCGGGACUGGCUGUACGAGUCCUACUACUGCAUGAGCCAGCAGCACCCGCUCAUCGUCUUCCUGCUGCUCAUCGUCAUGGGCGCCUGCCUCGCCCUGCUCGCCGUCUUCUUCGCGCUCGGGCUGGAAGUUGAAGACCAUGUGGCAUUUUUAAUCACAGUGCCCACUGCCCUGGCCAUCUUCUUUGCGAUAUUCAUCCUCGUUUGCAUUGAGUCUGUGUUUAAGAAGCUGCUCCGCGUGUUCUCCUUGGUGAUAUGGAUAUGUCUCGUCGCCAUGGGAUACUUGUUCAUGUGCUUUGGAGGCACCGUCUCUCCCUGGGACCAGGUGUCCUUCUUCCUCUUCAUCAUCUUCGUGGUGUACACCAUGCUGCCCUUCAACAUGAGGGAUGCCAUCAUCGCCAGCGUCCUCACCUCCUCCUCCCACACCAUUGUGCUGAGCGUCUGCCUGUCUGCAACCCCGGGGGCCAAGGAACACCUGGUCUGGCAGAUCCUGGCCAAUGUGAUCAUUUUCAUCUGCGGGAAUCUGGCAGGGGCCUACCACAAGCACCUCAUGGAACUGGCUCUGCAGCAGACCUAUCAGGACACAUGCAACUGCAUCAAGUCCCGGAUCAAGCUGGAGUUUGAAAAGCGUCAGCAGGAGCGGCUUCUGCUGUCUCUGCUGCCAGCCCACAUAGCCAUGGAAAUGAAGGCUGAGAUCAUCCAGAGGCUGCAGGGCCCCAAGGCGGGCCAAAUGGAAAACACAAACAACUUUCACAACCUCUAUGUCAAGCGGCACACCAACGUGAGCAUCUUAUACGCCGACAUCGUGGGGUUCACUCGGCUGGCGAGCGACUGUUCCCCGGGGGAGCUGGUGCACAUGCUGAAUGAGCUCUUUGGGAAGUUCGAUCAGAUUGCCAAGGAGAAUGAAUGCAUGAGAAUCAAAAUUUUGGGAGACUGCUAUUACUGUGUUUCCGGACUCCCUAUAUCUCUUCCUAACCAUGCCAAGAACUGUGUGAAAAUGGGAUUGGAUAUGUGUGAAGCCAUAAAGAAAGUGAGGGACGCUACCGGGGUUGACAUCAACAUGCGCGUGGGAGUGCAUUCUGGGAACGUGCUGUGCGGCGUGAUCGGUCUGCAGAAAUGGCAGUAUGACGUGUGGUCCCACGAUGUUACCUUGGCCAAUCACAUGGAAGCUGGCGGAGUCCCUGGGCGUGUUCACAUCUCCUCAGUCACCUUGGAGCAUCUGAAUGGAGCUUACAAAGUAGAGGAGGGAGAUGGUGACAUUAGGGACCCAUAUUUAAAACAACACCUGGUGAAAACCUACUUCGUCAUCAACCCAAAGGGGGAGCGACGGAGUCCCCAGCAUCUCUUCAGACCUCGACACACCCUGGAUGGAGCCAAGAUGAGGGCCUCCGUCCGCAUGACGCGGUACCUGGAGUCCUGGGGGGCAGCCAAGCCUUUCGCACAUCUACAUCACAGAGACAGCAUGACCACUGAGAAUGGCAAGAUCAGCACCACGGAUGUACCCAUGGGUCAACACAACUUUCAAAAUCGCACCUUAAGAACCAAGUCACAAAAGAAAAGAUUUGAAGAAGAACUGAAUGAGAGGAUGAUUCGAGCCAUUGAUGGUAUCAAUGCACAAAAGCAAUGGCUCAAGUCUGAAGACAUUCAAAGAAUCUCGCUGCUUUUUUAUAACAAAAUUCUAGAAAAAGAAUACCGAGCCACCGCACUGCCAGCGUUCAAGUACUACGUGACUUGUGCCUGCCUCAUCUUCCUCUGCAUCUUCAUCGUGCAGAUUCUCGUGUUGCCGAAAACGUCCAUCCUCGGCAUUUCCUUUGGAGCUGCGUUCCUCUCGCUGGCCUUCAUCCUUUUCGUCUGCUUUGCUGGACAGCUUUUGCAAUGCAGCAAAAAAGCCUCCGCCUCUCUCAUGUGGCUCUUGAAGUCCUCAGGCAUCAUCGCGAACCGCCCCUGGCCACGGAUCUCCCUCACCAUCGUCACCACAGCCAUCAUCCUGACCAUGGCCGUAUUCAACAUGUUUUUCUUGAGUGACUCCGAUGAGACAAUCCUUCUGACUGCCAAUACAUCGAACUCAAAUGCUUCUGCCUCACCCAACCAGGCAGCGAUUCUGCGUGCACAAAAUUUGUUUUUCCUCCCGUACUUCAUAUACAGCUGUAUCCUGGGGCUGAUCUCCUGCUCCGUGUUCCUGCGGGUGAAUUACGAGCUGAAAAUGCUGAUCAUGAUGGUGGCCCUGGUGAGCUACAAUACCAUCCUGCUGCACACCCACGCCCACGUCCUGGACGACUACAGCCAGGUGCUGUUCGAAAGGCCAGGCAUUUGGAAAGACCUGAAGACCAUGGGCUCCGUGUCUCUCUCCAUAUUCUUCAUCACCCUGCUUGUCCUGGGUAGACAGAAUGAAUAUUACUGUAGGUUAGACUUCUUGUGGAAGAACAAGUUCAAAAAAGAGCGGGAGGAGAUAGAAACCAUGGAGAACCUGAAUCGCGUGCUGCUGGAGAAUGUGCUUCCGGCGCAUGUGGCCGAGCACUUCCUGGCCAGGAGCCUGAAGAACGAGGAGUUAUACCACCAAUCUUACGACUGCGUCUGUGUCAUGUUUGCCUCCAUUCCGGAUUUCAAAGAAUUCUACACAGAGUCAGAUGUGAAUAAGGAGGGCUUGGAAUGCCUCCGGCUCCUGAAUGAGAUCAUUGCUGACUUUGAUGACCUGCUGUCCAAACCAAAAUUCAGUGGCGUUGAAAAAAUCAAGACCAUCGGCAGCACGUACAUGGCAGCAACAGGUCUGAGCGCCGUGCCCAGCCAGGAGCAUGCCCAGGAGCCCGAGCGUCAGUACAUGCACAUAGGCACCAUGGUGGAGUUUGCCUUUGCCCUGGUGGCCAAGCUGGAUGCCAUCAACAAGCACUCCUUCAAUGACUUCAAGCUGCGAGUGGGCAUUAACCAUGGACCUGUGAUUGCUGGUGUCAUCGGCGCCCAGAAGCCGCAGUAUGACAUCUGGGGCAACACCGUCAAUGUGGCCAGCAGGAUGGACAGCACCGGAGUCCUGGACAAGAUACAGGUUACCGAGGAGACGAGCCUGGUCCUCCAGACGCUCGGAUACACGUGCACAUGUCGAGGCAUAAUCAACGUGAAAGGAAAGGGAGACCUGAAGACGUACUUUGUAAACACAGAAAUGUCACGCUCCCUUUCCCAGACCAACAUCGCCUCCUGAAGAGUAGUCCUGACUGUGGCAAGGACGCUGUACUUUUUGAAAGUGCCCGUAUUAUUUUAUUCUCCUUUCUUCUGCUGUGGUUCGCUCCAGAAUUAAAGCUUGUUCUCCAUCAUUCUCCCUCUUGGCACACUUGUUUCAGAAAGAGCCCUCCAGAAGCCCAUGUGGAAGGACCCUUGAGUCAAAGUUGUCGAUGCACAUAAUUAAAGGCACAGCUCUCUGGGCGGGGAGGAAAGGAUGUUUCGAAUGAUUUGGUUUGCAUUUUGGCAUCUUUUGAGAACAGUCUUGGGGAAAGAACAUUUUAACAGUAAAAAGAUUCUGUUCCUCUGUCCACUGCACUCCUGUCUACAAUAAUACUUCACUAGAACUAGCAGUAGGACUCCCUGAGAAUACUUCGGAAGCAGCUGUAAGUCCGGCAUCCUGACAGUUUGAGCUGACCCAGGGAAGCUGUUAGUCUGAGAAGGCUAAGAAGACAGCGAACUAGUGUGUAUGUUUUUUGUCAAGACAGGAAACCUGGAAGGAAUUGGUUUCUUAUAAAUCCAAUUUUAAGGUUUGGUGUUUUUCCUUUUCACAUGAAGAAAUUACACUUUACCAAAUGAUGAAAAAUAGAACAAUUGAUCAUUCAUAACCUAAUGUUUAAAAGCAAAACCGCAAGCAGCAGCCUGCUGGGCAGACUUGGCUUCUUUCUCAGCCCAGGGCAGGUGUGUGAGGGGCCGGAGGAUGCGCAGAUGUCCUGGACAGCAGUGCGCCAGUGAGAGCUCAGACAGGAAGCACAAGUCUCCCGUCCGGCGCACACGUGGUGCUUGCCAUGUGGCUGGAGCACAUCUCUUCGCCCCUCCGGCUGGUGGCUGGGCUUGCCCUGGCCAGCCUGUUCCCAGCAGCCACAAGGAAGCCGCACCAGGACAUUGACUCCCAUCUGGCCUCCAACACCCAAGUGGGAAUGCUGCAGGAUUUCAAUUUUCUGCCCAAUCAGAAGGCUUUUUGAUCCUGUAAUCAUGACUCAGCAUUGGCCUCAGUACUCCUCAAUCUCCAAAAAGGUGGUGGAAGCCGGGAAAUGUGGUAAGGGCAUUUCUGUCCCCUCUCACUCGGGCCUGGCCUGGAAUGCCCAAGGAUUUCAGGGCACUCACAGCAGCGUCAUUCAUGCUUGUGGUGGUGGUUGGUGUUGGCAGAAGCGCCUGGUGGCUUCGUCCUCCCUUGCAUCAAUAUAUCCCAGGUUGCCUGAGGCCAUCUGCUCUUGAGAAAAACCCACCACAGGGUGAUCACCAAGUUCUCUGAAGCACAGCUUCCUGGAGGCAGUGAACUUGGGUUUGUGGAAAGAAGGACCUGAAAGCAGUUGAUGCCCACCAUUGUGUGCCAGUCUGACCAGACAACACAGAGAACCUGGCAAAGCUCUGUGCACACCUGGGCCCGUGCAGGUACUCACCCUGCCAGCAGCCCGAGACCUCUGGGGACUGGUCACAUGUACCAAUGCUCAGUCCCCAUUUGACUUUCUGGCCUGGCACAUGUCUGUGCUUUGUGUACUGAGCUCCCUGGGCAGCCCUGAUGCUCUGUUCAGUUUGAGAUGCCUGCUCCUGACGUGGAGGGGACAGAGAAGCCCGACCCAUGUUCAGAGCAUGACAGCGGCUCCGUGUUCAAGGCAAGGUAGUGUGGAAAACAGAUCGUUCCCCAUGACAAACGGGAGUCCGCCCUGCCCUGGCUCCUGGACCUCUGGGCAACUGCAGGCAUCCCCGUGAGCAGCAAGUGCAGGUGGGAGGGCUCGCUGUGCCCUCUGCCAGCCUGGCCCCUGCCACCAGCCUCAAGGAGUCUCUCCCAGUGCACCCUUUACCUUUCAGCCUUCCUUCCUGAGCCCAGUUCUCUUAAAACUCCCCAGUUUUGAUGUGUCUGUCCAGAGAGCUAAGUCUUGUGAGUCCUCUCUUAAUCUUUCUCCAACUCACUGGGCUCAGCCUCACGGCAGCAACCAUUCCAGUUGUCUUUGCUCUACAUCCACCUACUGAUCAAGAAAUAUAACUGAACAAGGGUAGGCACCCAUUCAACAGAAACACGUUCCAUUAACAUGAGUGUCUUCUCUCUAGCCAGGAAUGCUGGUAUAAGCCUGCUGUUGCAGCUACUUGAAAGACUUGGGCAGGAUGAUCACUUUGAUCUCCAACGUCUGUGACCAGACUGGGAAACCCUUUCUCAAUUAAAGAAAAAGUUUUCUCUUUGAUAUAAGGUGGCCCUAGUGGGCAUGCAUUUAUUAACUUUAAUUUGGGAAUGCCAGGAUGCCAACAGAAAUACUUUUAAAUUUUUUACUGCCUCAGAAGUGUGAUAUCUUUUGAAACCCUGCCCAAAUUCACCCCUGCUUUUAAAAAAUAAGCAGAAGGUUAAGAGUGUUGGGUCUGACUUAAAAUAAAAUGAAAAUAAUUUAGUUUGAUAUAAAUUUAUUGAGGUCAACCUGAGAUACUUUUUUGUUGAAACUGAUACUGAAUAAAGAGUAAUUUAUACAAA